AUCUGGCCCGUCCGCUCCUUGGAGGAGCUCCGAAAUUUCUGGGCCUUCAAAUCUCAAGACGGCAACUGGGCGCCGGUGCAGUCUCGACCAUUGCCGACACAGCUUUUUAUCCUCCCACACCAGCGACACCGAAUUCCCUCAGAGGCGCAAAGUACCGGACUGGAACGAUGUCGAAAGCACGGGCCGCCGCUGGCGGCGUGGAUCAGGUCGUCAAGAUCAUUGUCGGGGCAGGCCAAGCGAGUCCCAGUCCACCAGUCGGUCCGGCGCUGGGCAGCAAGGGUAUCAAGUCAAUGGACUUUUGCAAGGAGUUCAAUGCCAGAACACAGCACAUCAUUCCCGGCACCCCGCUGCCCGUCCGGGUAACCGUCAGGCCUGACAGGACAUUCCACUUCGAAAUCAGGACACCGCAAACGUCAUGGCUUCUCCUCAACGCCGCUGAGGCACCGAUAGGCAAGAAGGGCAAGAGGAAAGGGGCGAGCAACCCAGGGAAAGAAACAGUGGGAACCGUCAGCCUCAAGCAUGUCUACGAAAUCGCCAAGAUCAAACAGUCCGAGCUCCGGCUCUCGGGGCUGUCUUUGGAAGGUCUCUGCAGGUCCAUCAUCUACCAAGCUAAAUCGAUAGGCAUCGCUGUUGUGCCAUGACGCCUUGUCAGCGUCCGGUGCUGGGCAAGGAGUAUAUGGCGUUCCGGUUGUUUGCCAAGCGGUUUGGGCAGGGGCAUCGUCUGGCGGUGUGAGCAUCUGGGAGAUGGACCUGCCUCUCAUCUCUGUACACUACUAGAUCUGUACUAUAUCUGAAAGCGGAUGGGACGCGUCCGGACCAAUGUUUGAAUCUCUGGCAACUUGCGUUGCGCGAAACCUGUUUUUUCCACCCCCCAGUGAUAGCCCAGCUGGUUAUUCUCGUUGGAAUCACCCAAU